AUGCGGAGCCCCUCCUUUCUCUCCUGGCCGCUGCCCUCUUUGCUGCUAUUGCUGCUGCUGUCGCCGCCGUCCACCUGGGCCCAGGUGCUCCUCGCGGCUGCCCCCUUGGGGCCCAGUGGCGCCCCGACCUGCCCUGAGGAGUGUGAGUGUGCGCCGGGCGGCCAGGCCAACUGCUCGGCGCGCGCGCUACCCGCCGUGCCUGUAGGCCUGAGCUGGCGCGUGCGUGCGCUACUGCUGGACCACAACCGAGUGAGCGCGCUGCCGCCUGGCGCCUUCGCGGGCGCGGGCGCGCUGGUGCACCUAGACCUGCGCGAGAACGGGCUGCGUGCAGUGCACGCUCGCGCCUUCUGGGGCCUGGGCGCGCUGCUGCGGCUGGACCUCAGCUCCAACCAACUGGAGGCACUGGCGCCCGGCACCUUCGCGCCACUGCGCGCGCUGCGCGUCCUCUCGCUGGCGGGCAACCGCCUGGCGCACCUGGAGCCGGCGGCUUUGGGCACGCUCCCGCUGCUGAGCGGGCUGAACCUGCAGGACAACGCGCUGGCGGCGCUCGGGCCCGGCCUGCUGGCCACCCUGCCCGCCCUCGACUCACUCCGUCUGCGCGGCAACCCCUGGGCCUGUGGUUGCGCGCUGCGCCCGCUCUGCGGUUGGCUGCGCCGGCACCCGCGUCCCCCAGAGGAAGAGACCCUGUUCUGCGUGUUCCCGGGGCGCUUGACGCCCAGCCCUCUGACCGCCUUCACCGACGCCGCCUUCAGCCACUGCGCACAGCCACUAACCUUGCGAGACCUGGCUGUGAUCUACGUGCUGGGGCCCUUCUCCUUCCUCGCCAGCCUGGCCACCUGCCUGGUGCUGGGUUCCGUGCUCACCGCCUGCCGCAUCCGCCGCCGCGCUGCCGCCCGCCGCCCGCCCGGGAAACCACCGGACCCUAAGGCCUCCGCCCCGCCCCCGGACCCUGGGAGCCCCGCCACUGCCCAAGCCUGA